AAUAAAAUGAAAUAAGCUAUAAGCUGCAGUUGUUAUUUCUUUCAUAACAAUAUAAAACUUAGGCUUCCAUUUUACCAAUAUGCGAGUUUACUUAAGUUGCAGUCGAGUAUGUGGAAUUAGAAGUCUAAUGAACUAAAUAAUUAAUACUUCAGUGCGAUUAAUAAAUUCAUGUAUUUCCUCACCGCAGAACGUUUUUUGCAUCAAUAAAUGGAUGUUGUAAUAACAAAUUGAUGAAUACCAAUUAAUUCUUUUUCCAUUGUAUACUAUGGCAGCCAUAGACAAAAAAUACGUUAUGUCAGUUCAGUCAGAAAUCCAAAGAUGAAAGAAUUGAAUCAAUAGUAAAACGUCUAAAAAUACGUCGACAAUUUGUUACAACGUAACAAAAUCCACCUUUUUCAUGAUGGGAUAUAUAAACAAAUCUAACUAAACAUGUUAAGAUAAUACUUCUGCAAUAUUUACAACUUGAGACACUAUAGGUGCAACUUUCCGGACUUGGCUUGACUUGGAAUAAACAACAUCUUACAUCUCAUUUGGGUCUGUUGUAAUUUCGUGUAAACUGUUGUCAAUAUGCCUGCUGUAACUGCUACUACAGCAGAGGAGCAAAAUGAAGCUGAUCAGAAAAUGUGGAGCGCUUUGAAGCGCUAUAUCAUACGUGAAAGGCAGAGGAAGAAAGAAGAAUAUGAAGCAGAGGUUGAAGAGGAGAGACUCCGAAAGGAGCGAGAAGCGAGAGAACGACAAGAUGUCAUGACUCUUGAGGAAACAAAAGAACAGAUUGAACAACUGGAACAGAAGGUGAAACAUCUUGAAAAAGAGAAGCAACAGUUAUUUAUGCAACUUAAAAAACUUCUCAAUGAGGAUGAGAUCAGAAAGAGACAACAACAAAAGGAAAAUAAUGACUUUUCCAGUGAAAUGCAGUCGAUGAAGAUGCAAUCCAUGAGCAACAUACAGAUUCCGAUGUUCCCCAUGCAGUCGUCGACAGGGCAAGGGGAGCCACCGCCGUCACAGGGCAGACCCCCACCACUUACAUCACACAUGAUGUCUAAGCAUAAGCACUCAAACCACAUGUUGUUUCCACAACAGCAGACGAUAGUGCGUGGCCCCAUACAGUCGGGUGUGAAGAGGCCUCGCAGCCCGUCGCCCACGUACGCUCUGUACGCGCAUCGGUUGCACCAACCGCCUAUGAAACACCAGCAGGUGUACUCUGAUCACAAAGUAGAAGACGGGCGUAUGGGCCGUCAAAUGGCCCGCGCAGUGCUAUGGAACAAACCCUCGCAGUAUGGCUCCAAUGUCGGUGGCUCAUCAUCUACAGCGUACUACACAAUGCCGACUUCGGGUGUUGUAGGCGUAGUGGGCGAGCGGCCGCCGCCGCUGCUGUACGCGCACCACGCGCACACGCCGCACACGCCGCACUCGCCGCACCACGCCAACCUCAUGUACGCGCCCGCGCCGCAGCCGCAGCUGUACCUCGACAUGCUGAAGAACAGGGACGGCCAGCAGCAUCAGGAACAGAAGAAAGAGGCUCAGCCCCAAGUACUGAUCGGUCUCAGCGAGGCCCACCACCCGUCUGUGAGCAGCGGCGUGGGCUACGCGCAGCCGCCUGUGUCGCGACACCUCUCCAUACAUCCACCACAACACAACAAUAUGCAGACCGCAAAACCGGGUAGUAUUACCCAAGGCUACCCGGUCCAGCAAUCAAACAACGUCCAGAACCCCAAUAUAUAUCCGAACAGACAUCGUUAUUAGCUAGUAAUCAUCCACCGCCACCCUGCCAAGCAGCCACCAUAGCCCAGGCCUCAGGGACCACGCAACUUCUAUUGAAGUGUUCACUGCUGCGAGUAGCAUGAGGUUUCGAAGUGUACUUGUGAUGGAAGGUCAUUGAUGUUGGUUUGCGAUGUCUUGUUUGGUUUAAAUAAACGAGCAGUGAAUUAUCGAUUACAAAUCGAUAGUGUCUAAUCGAUUGUUAAUCGAUUGUUUUGUUUAUCGAUGGUGUCUAAUCGAUUGUUAGUCGAUAGUGUCUAAUCAAUUGUUAGUCGAUAGUGUCUAAUCAAUUGUUAGUCGAUAGUGUCUAAUCGAUUGUUAAUCGAUACUGAACAAUCGAUUUAUCAUCGAUUCGGAAAUGGACUCAAUACAGUUAAAUAAAUACCCGUGUUCAUUAAGUUAAUAUUGGAAAAAAGUUUUUUUUUGCUGCACUCAAUCUACAUAGAUCAAUUAGAAGUAUCUAAAUAAAGCCUAAAAAAACAGCCUACAAUUUAAAAAGAUAUAUUCAACUUACUAAAACAAUAUAUCGCAACCAACUUAAUAACAUGAUUACACGACUAAAAAUAAAAAUGUAACACCUUAACACUUCGCUACCCCAUGCGCCCGUUCCGUGUGGUCCUUUGAAACAGUGAAAAUGACAGGGUUAGGUUGUGCAGAACAAACUGUUUUAGUGCAAAUACAGUGUACAGUGCAAGUGAACUCAUAGCAUAUGUUUAUUGGCAACAAGUAUACUGUUCAUUAGUUA